AUGUACAUCCUACUACACUUCAUGUCCACCCAAGCAGCGGAUUACAUCGACGUCCUGAGAGAGCUGGAUCUCACAGAACACAGGGAGGGUGUGUCUCUGGAGGCGGGGCUAUGUGGGAGCAGAAGAGGUGCCCAGGACCUGGCCUACAGAAUCAGCAAGAAGAUACAACUCAGUGCUCCCACCAAGCAGCUGUUUCCAGAUUCAAGUUUCCCAGAGAACUUUUCGCUGAUGGCCACAGUGCGAGCAAAGAAGAACUCCCAAUUCUUCCUCUUGUCCUUGUACGACGAUCAGGGGGUGCAGCAGCUGGGCCUGGAGGUGGGCCGCUCCCCUGUGCUCCUCUACGAAGACCAGAACGGACAGAUAACGCCCCAACUCUACCCCGCAUUCAAGAACGUCAACACAGCGGACGGAAAAUGGCACAGAGUCGCCUACAGCGUCGAUGGGAAGUCAGUCACGCUCUACUUGGACUGUCAGAAGGUUCAAACCCUGGAUCUGCCUCGAGGGGACAAAGCCGUGAUCAGCACUGAUGGUGUCACUGUGUUUGGAACCAGGCUGCUGGAAGAGGACGUGUUUGAGUUCCGAGCGUCUCGGAUCAUAACGACAGGGGUGGACCUGAGGGUGGACCUGAGGGUGGACCUGAGGGGGGACCUGAGGGGGGAGCUGAGGGGGGAGCUGAGGGGGGACCUGAGGGUGGACCUGAGGGGGAACCUGAGGGUGGACCUGAGGGGGAACCUGAGGGUAGACCUGAGGGUGGACCUGAAGGGGGAGCUGAGGGGGGACCUGAGGGUGGACCUGAGGGGGGAGCUGAGGGGGGAGCUGAGGGUGGACCUGACGGGGGAGCUGAGGGUGGACCUGAGGGUGGACCUGAGGGGGGACCUGAGGGUGGACCCGAGGGUGGACCUGAGGGGGGAGCUGAGGGGGGACCUGAGGGUGGACCUGAGGGGGGAGCUGAGGGGGAAGCUGAGGGUGGACCUGGGGGUAGACCUGAGGGUGGACCUGAGGGGGGAGUUGAGGGGGGAGCUGAGGGUGGACCUGAGGGGGGAGCUGAGGGAGGAGCUGAGGGUGGACCUGAGGGGGGAGCGUAGGGGGGACCUGAGGGUGGACCUGAGGGUGGACCUGAGGGGGGAGCUGAGGGUGGACCUGAGGGGGGAGUUGAGGGGGGAGCUGAGGGGGGACCUGAGGGUGGACCUGAGGGGGGACCUGAGGGGGGACCUGAGGGGGGAGCUGAGGGGGGAGCUGAGGGUGGACCAGAGGGAGGAGCUGAGGGGGGAGCUGAGGGGAGACAUUCAGCAGCUGCUGAUCUCUGAAGACCCAGACGCCGCAGAGAGCUACUGUGAAAGAUACAUCCCAGACUGCGACGCGGCUCUGCCGUUCAGCAUCCAGACUGUGCAGAACUUCCUCAAGUCUGAUGCCACAGUUCAAAAGCAGAAUGUCGAAGAAGAAGAACAGAAGACGUCAAAGAAGAACAGAAAGGGCAAAAAGAAGAAGCGUGACAAGGGCUCUAAGGGAAAAGGGAAGCGCAAAGGGAAGAAAGGAUCCAGGAAGAAGAAGCAUCAGCGUGAGGAAGAUGGCCCCGUCCCCCAGGCCCCCCAGGCCCCAAUUGCACUGCCCCAGUAUCUGUCUCUGGAAGCAGCUGAGCCCACACUGUUCCCCCUGACCACCACCACCACAAUACAGACCACCGUUCCCUCACUCAGUAUGACUCAAGAAUACGACAGAAACCAGUUUGACAUGAAAACCAUACAGCCUGACCUGAUCUCGGAGUCCCCCACCACGAUGGGACCCACUGCAGAAGCAAUGUCGGAGGUGGAACAGGAGAAUCGUGAGCUGGUGGAGACGGCUGUGGAGGAGGCGUCCAAACCUGACUUAUAUGAUGUUUCUACGGUGACAGUGGGAACGAAUCUGACUGACUACGAGUUUCUAGAGUAUGACUACCGGAACAAUACAGGCUUGGAAGAAUAUGAGAUUUAUGACAGCUUUGAUUUUGCUGAGCGGGAAAUAGAAGGAACUUGGGACGGACAGAGUUCCCCAAGAGGAGAGAAGGGCCAGAAGGGCGAACCUGCCGUUGUUGAGCCAGGAACAAUGGUCGAAGGACCCCCAGGUUUACAGGGACCACAGGGAAUGAGUGGCCCAUCUGGACCUGUUGGGACCCCAGGACCGAAAGGUGAUCCAGGUGAUGUGGGUCCUCAGGGGCGGGCAGGUCUGCCAGGGGCUGAUGGGAUUCCAGGACCCCCAGGAACAAUGCUCAUGCUGCCAUUCCAAUAUGGAGGACAUUCUCAGAAGGGGCCAGUGAUCUCUCCACAAGAAGCCCAGGCACAAGCAAUCCUGCAGCAGGCCCAGAUUUCACUGAAGGGCCCUCCAGGACCGAUGGGUCUUACCGGACGACCAGGCCCUCAGGGUGUCCCAGGACCAUCUGGCAAUAAAGGAGACAGUGGAGUCAGUGGCCCCCCUGGGCCACUAGGUUUGCCCGGUCCUCCAGGGCCAAACGGAAAGACAGGAAAGAGAGGCCGAGCAGGAGGAGAUGGCGGUCGUGGAGCACCUGGUGAAACUGGAGCUAAGGGCGACAGGGGCUUUGAUGGUCUGCCAGGUCUCCAGGGAAACAAGGGCCACAGAGGUGACAGAGGAAAGCCAGGUCCAGUGGGUCCUGCUGGAGAGCCAGGGGAAAAGGGACCGGAUGGACCCGUGGGACCAAGAGGACAACCGGGUGAGCCUGGAGAGCGGGGUCUUCUUGGGCCAAGGGGUCCACCUGGUCCACCUGGCCCGCCGGGCGUCAAUGGAGCUGAUGGAGUUCAAGGAUCAAAGGGAAACAUGGGACCUCAUGGAGAUCUAGGGCCCCCCGGUCAACAAGGAAACCCAGGAGUCCAGGGCUCGCCGGGUCCUCAGGGUCCCAUCGGAUUGCCCGGGGAGAAGGGUCCACGGGGAAAACAAGGCAUGCAGGGCCUGCCCGGCAUCGAUGGUCCUCCUGGUCACCCCGGGAGAGAGGGGCCCCCUGGAGAGAAGGGCGUCCAAGGUUCACUUGGGGCUCAGGGCCCAGUUGGGUACCCAGGAGGCCGCGGAGUCAAGGGGGCAGAAGGUGUCAGAGGUCUGAAAGGAAGCAAAGGAGAGAAGGGAGAAGAUGGCUUCCCCGGGUCCAAAGGAGAUAUGGGCGUCAAAGGAGACAGAGGUGAUACUGGACACCUUGGUGCACGAGGAGAGGAUGGACCAGAGGGGCAGAAAGGACAAGCUGGACCCAAUGGAGAGUCAGGAGGAGCGGGUGUUGCGGGGGAAAAGGGCAACCUCGGUGUGCCAGGGCUGCCUGGAUAUCCAGGGGGACAAGGACAAAAGGGGUCUCUCGGCUUCCUUGGUUUGGCAGGAGCCUCGGGAGAGAAAGGACGAAGGGGUCCGGCUGGUCAACAGGGGCAAGGGGGCCAGAGGGGUCCAAAUGUGAGUAAACCACGACUGACCCUACACUCUGACCCUAUACACUGA